GAACGUGGCCUGGAUUUCCUCGCUGUCUCCUCGUUCCAUUGCGUGGGGAGACGCUGUUCGUUCGGCGGGGUCUCCGUCACACGGCACCAAGUCUCUUCAGCGCAGUGGGCACGGCGCGGCGAUGGCUACCGAGAAUGUCAGCUUGAUGUUUAAAUUGUACUGCUUGACAGUAAUGACAGUUGUAGCUGCAACCUACAUAGUGGUAUUGCGAUACACAAGAACAGUCUUAACAGAGAUGUACUUUGCAACCACAGCUGUUUGCAUCACUGAAGUCCUCAAAUUAGUCUUGAGCCUAGGUAUGUUAACAAGGGAUGUGGGCAGUUUGAGUGGGACGCUGUCAGCUUUGCAUGACCACAUAUUAAGGAGUCCUAAAGAACUGCUGAAGCUCAGUGUUCCGUCUUUAGUGUAUGCUGUUCAAAAUAAUAUGGCCUUUGUGGCACUUAGUAACUUGGAUGCAGCAGUGUAUCAGGUGACAUAUCAACUAAAGAUUCCCUGCACAGCACUCUGUACAGUCUUUAUGCUGAAUCGUUCUCUUAGCAAACUGCAGUGGGUUUCUGUAUUUAUGCUUUGUGCAGGGGUAACAUUGGUCCAGUGGAAGCCUAUGGAAACUACCAAGGUGCAGGUUGUACAGAAUCCAGUUUUGGGAUUUGUUGCCAUAGCCAUUGCAGUAUUGUGUUCUGGAUUUGCUGGAGUUUAUUUUGAGAAGGUUCUGAAAACUUCUGACACCUCACUGUGGGUCCGUAACAUACAGAUGUAUAUUUCUGGCAUUGUGGUCACUGCCUUUGGAGUUUACUUGACUGACGGUGCCCAAGUGAUGGAGAAGGGCUUUUUCUUUGGAUACACCCACUGGGUUUGGAUUGUUAUAUUAUUAGCAAGUCUUGGAGGGUUGUAUACUUCUGUUGUUGUGAAAUACACCGAUAACAUCAUGAAGGGAUUUUCAGCAGCAGCAGCAAUUGUAAUUUCCACAGCAGCAUCCGUGUUGCUGUUUGGUUUGCAGUUAACUCUCAGCUUUAUAGCUGGAACCGUUCUCGUCUGUAUUUCCAUCUACUAUUAUGGCUUGCCGAAGCAAAGUACAAGCACCCUUGUGCAGGUUGAAGUGGAGAAAUCCAAACAACAGCUGGUGAACGUGUGACCACUGAGCACCUCAUUCAGAAAAGGGCAAGAAAAACCUGACUCCUCAACUAAGCUCUUGGGGGAAAUCAGCAUUUAUAUAAAAUAACAUCCCCAAGGGUUAUUGAUUCAUUGAUACAUUUUUACUGUACCUCCUGGCUAACUGGGUGAAAGAAUAAUUUUGGUGCAAUGUGCCAAUGUAGGAACAUUCAUAACUUGUUUAACAAUAUAAAGAUAAUUUCUUGUACAAAUUUAAACACUGAAAGAUUUUACUAUAUUUGAAUUGGCAUUUCUGGCAGCGUAUAAACUUUAUAAUGUGCUUUUCUGAUACAUUUAAUAUUUUUUUAGGCUGUGCUUAUUUUAUUCCCCCUAUUGGUGUCUUCGACAGUGCAAUGCCUUACAUUUGCCUACAUUGUUUCAUUUUGAGCUGUUUCCUUUUGCACUUGAAAGCAGAUCAAACUGCUUGUGAAAUCCACAAAUUGAUUUUGGCUUGAAAGUGUACAAAGCCAUUUGUAUAUUGCAAUUUAUAUUAUUAUUUUCAUUUCCCACAAAACAAAUUAUUUAAAUAACAUUCCAAUCUAAAGUUAUCAUUCACACAGAAUAAGUCAACAUUGCUGCUAGAUCAGAGGUAUACUGUGAGAAUGGCAACCUCUGAUCGUUUUAACACUGUGGUAACUUGCAAGUGCACAUAGGUGAACAGCACAUGGGACACUAACAGCCUAGUAAAUAAUAACUGGUGUUACAAAACAGACUUUGGCUAUUGGCGGUAUUUGGAACUCUGAAAGUUUCUUGGUUGUGAAGAAAACAUGAUUAUCAACAAGGCCCCGUUUAUCCUGUCAAACCUGUUCUGCCUUUACACUGGUUUGCAUUUUGCUGUUCCUCACCUUGGGGGUUACCUUUGGGGGAAUAUCUUCAUUGUUCCUUUUAAGAAAAUUUGAACAAAACCCAAAUAAGUCUCCAUUUUCCUGUACUUCUGAUGCUAGUUGUUUCCAGAUAAGUUAUUCUACUGUACAUCCCAGGAGCCUUUUAUCAUCGUUGUUCUUUGAAUCACUGUAAUUUCUAGUUUCAAGAAUCAGCCAAAAAUGUAAUAAUCUGUGCAAAUAAUGCCAUUGUGGGAAAUGGGAACUUGCAGUGAUUCCUAAUGAGGUUAAAGAGAAGGGUAAAUACUUUAAAACCCCCUUUUACCCCAUUAACAUUAAACCAUUGAAUUGGGGCUUUGGGAGAAAUGUGGUUUCAAUGUUAAAGAAAUAAUGUUGCUGCACAUCUGUGCUUCACUCAGUAAGAAUAGCAUAGGGGUAGCUCAACAAAUGACAAAAAGAAAUGUUAGCAUUAAGAAGCCUCACUUACAACUGACAGUCUUUUUUUGGGUGAGAAUGUAUAUGGAUCUACUGUGUCCUUGUGGCAAAUUCUUGUAAUGAAGGAACCGCUUUUAAUGUCUCUCUGACACUAGCAAAGAACAAUGUUAUUGUAUUGGACAAAGGUGGUAUAAUGAAGUUGUAUGCCCUACAGCACAUGGUUAAAGGUCAUUUUAGCCAUUUUUCCACUUUGAUAUUUAAAACGAAACUUACAGAGUUCAAGCCUGUUUCCUUUGAGCUUGCUAUGUACAAAACUGCUAUGUAACAGGGUUGCACUAAAUGAGCAGUCCUGCUUGUGUACGAUAGGACUGCUCUUUAAGUUUGAACUGAUUUGUAUAAAUAUAAGUUUGUGCCUUGAAAACAAGAAAAGGAUAAUGUCAGGGUAAAGCAGACAUAUCUUUAUAUCACCCUAUAAUUGUGUAUAACUGCAUCAAAUUGUCUUGUGUCAAGUUGAAAAAGUCCUCUCCUUUAGAAGGGGUUGGUAUUAAUGGUGUUUUCUUGAGUUGUAAUUUGAAGGGUGAUUGUUAUUCCAUAAUGAUUGGGGGGAGAAAUAUUUCUGUCAUUAUUUCUUCCCUUUUGAGAAUUGCAUUUAAGCAAGUACUGGAACUAAGUUUUUAUUUCUGUUGCUAUUGAUGCAGAGCUUGGCACCAUGAGCAUUAAAAAUGAUAAAAUUCUCUCUUAUGAUGAGGCUAAAUGCUUGGUCCCCAUUUAAAUCCUCAUCAUAGAAUAUUAUUGAGAUUAGAAAUUUGACCUGCAACAAGUAACACCCUGCCCUUUGUAUAGUGUGGUGGCAUUCUCACCAGGCCUUUUGUAAGCUUUUUAAAUAACCUAGAUAAUUUAAAACAUUUGGGGAAUAAAUCUAAAUUUACAAUAGAUACUUAACAUGUUGAAGGAAAGUUCCAAUUUUAAUAUUUUAGGUCUGAAGGGUGAAAUGCUUUUUGUUGUUACCCUUAUAUUAAAAAAAAUCAAGCUAAUAUCAUCUGGAUUAGACUAAGUAAAAACCAACUACCAACUUUUGUUUUCUUUCUCUGAACACAUGGUUUUAGUGAAUGCACAAUUUUGUACCAUUUAUGGUGAUAUUAUAAUGUGGUGUCAUGAAUUAACUUGUUAUUUUGCACCUCAGUUUGGAGUCAUGGCUGUUACCAUUGAGUUAUCUAUGUUCUCGCUUGCUCCUCAGAUUACUUUGGUAAUGCAGCCUAGUCCGCUAUAGUUGAUCUCAAACAAUGACUUUGAGCACUGAAAGAAUUUGCUUGUAUUCCAUUUCUUUUCCUGCUCAUCUUGUAUUCAAUUUGAAUUUUAUUUUCCAAUUCUAAAUGCAGAUAUCAAAUUUUAGAUUUCCCCUUCCAUUAUUCAAAUCAUUUAAACAAUUAAUACUAGCACAUGAAUGUAUAUAUAACAGUGAAGUAUAAAAUGUAUGGUCUUGCUUUUUUAAAUGGUCAUUUGGACCAGUGAUUCUCCCACUUUUGUUUGAAAAAUACUUUUGUACUAUAAAGUCCCAAACUUCACUUCUGGAUGUUUUUCUUCUUCCCCCUCCACCCCCCCCCCCCCCCCCCCCCCCCCCCCCCCCAUUAAACUGUCCUUUAAUUUUUGGAAUGUAUUGUUUAUUCAUUGACUAUUUCAGUGCCUUCAGCAGCAUCUGUAACGACAGUCUCCUGCUGAGGAAAAUUCCUUGUACAUGCUAAUAUAAAGUUGUAAUUUGUUGUGGACAGUCUCUACUGUAUGAAUAUUUCUGAGCCUUUAUAGCAGACAAGGAAUAGGCAUUUUUGUAAAAUAUUUUAAACCAUGAUUCUGAAUGUAGAUUGAAAUUAAAAGCAAAAUGGCUAAAGUUAAACCAUGGCCCAAGGAAGUCUAAAUAUAGAUUCCAUGCACUGUAAUAAGAGUAUGCUGGUCGUCAUUGGAAGAAAGUGAAUGAUAUUUAUCACUGUAAUUAUCAAUGCCUUUUAUAUUUGUAUGUAAGAGUCAAGUAAAUCAAAUCAUCAUUUCUGUGCACCAAAUUCAAUUGAUGUUAAGGUUACUCCAUGAAAAUCGUUGUGGUAUAAUGUGGUCAUGCAAGCCACUGGGAAGGAUCUGCUAUGGUUGUUCUUUGUGAAUGUCAAUUUGUUUUGAAUUUUGUGGAAAAUAAAUUCUUUUUUGAGCAAAAUUGGACUGCUUUUUAUCUGGACAU